AUGAGUGACGAUGACAAAAGCUUCAAUCCAAACGAGGAUGUUGAACCAACGAUCCAACCGCCUAAAACGAAGAAACGACCACUCCAUUCCAACGCCGACGCUUCGUCCGCAUCACGAAAGGAAAACUCUAGGACGUUAGCUAUUAAGAGAAGGGAACAAACGAGCUCCAAGUCCGUGGCUACAGUCAAUGACCUAGGCGCAGGGAUUAUGAACAGCGAGCUUCGAAAUGUAGUCUCCGAACACAACAGCGGUAAGCCGCCAUCGGCAAAACGCCUUCCAGCAACAAAAGUCACCAAAAAUAUAAAGAAGACGCCGCAAAAUGUCGAACCAAUAAAAAGUUGCAUUCCUGUAGAAGGUGUAUUGCACGCGGAAUGCGACGACAAAUUUUUUGAUAACUACGAUGUUGUCAUCCCACCAAACUUUGGAAGCAAUGGAGAGUACACGCUAUUGGUUCAAAUUGAUCCAGAGGAUUCAGCAAGCUUAGAUUUUACCGGCGCUGUUGGGGCGAUAGGUCGUCUAGAAACGGUCGCGGAAGGGGUGGUUCUGGAUUUCAAAGGGUGCCAGUACCGGGGACGAAUAUAUCCGGGGUCGACAGCUGUGGUCUUGUCGACAAACGGGAAGAAAGCAGAUACGCAGCUACUCAAAGUAGAGAGUAUGACAGACGAGUUUUGCCGCUUAACCAAAGAAGGCAACGCGAUGGAAAAGUUAAAUGCUAUUGUACGCGGAGACAUGGUAGGGUAUCAGUACCAAUUUCGUGAAGACGAUGUCAACCGGAACACGACAGUGCAGACAAUAGAGAGCUCAGAACCAACGAGUAAAAAAAAGCAGCUGACCUCGACCACUGGCGGGUCGCAGAAGAAACGCCGCUGA